CUUGUGUGUGUGUGUGUGCGCGCGCGCGCGCACAUGCACGUAUCAAUAGCUUUGUGUGAGAUUGUAAUGCAAUACCAAGUUAUGGCGUUGCUUAUUUGUGUCAUGAAAAAUGGAUAUCUUGACAGUUCUGGCUGACUAGAUUAAAAUGGAAUCAUAUGCUGCUCAACUCAGACCUAGUCUAUUUAUUUGGGGUCAUUUUGUAAAAAACAGUUUGUAUAUUGAGACAAAAAAGUUGUAUCUAUGUUUGUUUUGGAUGCCUUUAUGUAUGUAGACCUACAUAAACAAAGAUCUAUGAUUUGAACAUGCCUGAAUGUAACUUCUAUAUUGAAUCAUGGGCAUGAAAAGUUAAUGAAUUAUGAAAUUGGCGGCAAGAGAUGUUUAAUAAUGAUUCAUAGUGAUAUCCAAAAGAGAAUUAAAAAAGGAUGUGGCCCAUGUGACUAGAGCCAGAUGAAGCAAAACGUUUUCUAUAUAUUGCUAUGUGAUCCUGUAACAGUUUAUUUAACAUAGUACAGAAUGUUGGGCCACCAAGAAACAGCUUGUGACAAAAUUGGACAGUAAUAUCACUCUAAUCAUCAAAAUGUUAAUGUUACAGCAAUGCUUUUAACUUCUCAAAAUAUGAGGUUAGGUGAUAUUUCUAUGAGUUUUUAAUACUGAGUUCUCUAGCUCUUGUAAGCUAUCUCAGUAGUGAUCUGAUACCGUUGUCCACUUCCUAUUAUGUUUCAUUGACACCUUUAAAAUAGAUGUGUGGUAGAAAUAGUACUAGUGAACAGUGAAUAUUUAGCUUAUUAUUUGGUAUCAUGUUCCUUUGUGGAAUCCUGCGGUCAUGCAUUGUGUGCAUAUUUGGGCAGACAUCGACUUACAAUUUUUACUUGAUGCAGAAAGAAAAGGAAGUUUUAGCUCUUCUCUCCAGGCUAGAUCUGCAAAACAUCCAUUUUACAGAUUAUCCCCCAGGGGAUGCCGAUCAAUCUGUCCAUCUUGUUGCUGGUGAAGGUCUAGAGGCUUAUCUUCCUCUUACAGAUAUGGUAGAUAUAUCUGCUGAAGUUGAGCGCCUUUCCAAACGCCUUACCAAGAUGCAAACAGAGUAUGACGGACUUGUGGCCCGCUUGAAGUCUUCUAAUUUUGUAGAGAAAGCUCCUGAGGAAGUUGUUCGUGGGGUACGAGAAAAAGCUGCAGAAGCUGAAGAGAAAUUAACUUUAACAAAAAACCGACUAGCUCUCCUCAAAUCCACAGUUUUGGUCUCAGAAUAG